AUGUCUACCAACCAUAUUUUCAGCGCGGGUUCACUCUCCAUCAUCAGCGUCGCGACCAAUCUAGGCUUUCACUGGGAGGGAAGUUUCGCAAUGGAUUUCGCCAAUGAUCUCCAUCUCAGUCGAGUAGAUGCCAAACAUGUACUUACUUCAAUGUACAAUGACUGUGCCGUGUUGGUACAACGCUGUGUUGAGCACAAAGUCGGCCAACCCAUCAACUCCGAGGACAUUGUUCGCUGCUUUGGGGGACGCGAAGACCCGAUUGAGGCUGUUAUAUACAAUUGCUUCAUUCAAAAGCAGAAGGUACCUGUGGAGGUCUUCCUACGCGCUAUGCAGAUGGAAUUUAACCAUAUAGCGGAGAAUGCCGGCUCUAACGGCAUUUACAUAGAAGGGUUCCCAUAUGCAGACGAGGUGGACACUAAAGAACUCGCACAAGCUCUCGCCAGUAUGAGUUACCCUCCUGGAAGCUACAUGAUCAUGAUUCACUGCGAUGAAGACGAAGAAUUUGAACACUUCAAUGAAAACAUAGCACCUUUUUUUGCAGGGCUGGAUACCACUAUCAACCUUCCUUAUGGUCCCGAUUAUUACGACGUCGGGCGGGCUUACAACGACGCCAUCAAGAUACUUUCUGAGAAACCGGAGUGGCGCAAUGUACUAGAAGGUUAUGAUUACGGUGACGAAUCGAGAUUCCGAACAGACCUACAGUAA